CCGAAGUAAACAGACGUGAAAGGGAAAGCGGAGAGGCUCGUAGUGUCAGUCAAGCUCUGUCCCGCACGCAUACCCUGUGUCUUACUGGUUGUUUAUCUGAAAUAAUGUAAAGAACUCUGUGGUAAUUACGUGCGAAAGGUCUUUGAGAAGGUAGACGAGUGCUUCGAGUUCAAUUUUGACGCAUCCUUUCGUGGAAAUACGUGUUCAGUCGCCUGCAAGAACGAUUGAUAAUCUGGGAAAAAAGGUCUCCGAAGAGAGAAGUCAAAGGAGAUAUAUAUUCCGGACAAAGCAGAGCGAAGUUUGUGCACUUUUCAAACGUGGAUUUCGCUUUGCCUUCUGAUUCCGCAAGCCCGGGUCCUCGGCCUCCCAGUCUGCCCUUUUGGUGUCCGGUAAUUUUUCAAGAUUACGGUCAAAAUGAAUGGACUGAGCACAGAGGAAGACUCGGGUUCACAACAUGACCAGGUGUGUUGCUUGGUUGAUGCAGGCGAGCGAUGCACCCAGUUAGCGGGGAAUGCUGCGUACAACAAACGAAUACAGAAAACUGUGGCUCAGAGGAAGCUGAGGUUACAUAUGGACUCUGCGUCAAGUCAUAACUACAUAUGCGAGUACCACAAAGGCGUCAUUCAGAGUGUCCGGGUGAAACGAAAAAGACGAGACUCCGAGGAUGACUCCGGGGAGUUUGAUGGGGAUCACCCAGAAGUGGAGCUUUACAACUUGCAGGUUAACACAUUGAGAAGAUAUAAAAGACAUUACAAAAUUCCUACAAGACCGGGACUCAAUAAGGCACAGUUAGUUGAUAUCCUAAUGAAGCAUUUUAGAACGGUCCCAGUAGCAGAAAAAGAUUGCCUCACCUACUUCAUCUACAUGAUUAAGACCAAUCGAUCAAAAUUUGACCAGAGGAAUGGGUCCAGUAUCGACAUGUGACCUCAGGCUUCAAAGGAUCUUCUCUAAAUGUUUAUGCUUUAUACUCAUUGAAUGCAGACUUCAGUGUUUUGUGAGUGGGUGUGUUUGUGGGUGUGAUAAUGAGUUCGUGUUGAUAGUUGUUGAAGCAUUUUAUGUGAAGUUCUCCAAUACCUUUACAAAUAACAUUAUAUGAUGAUGGCUAGAAGCAACAUUUAUUAUAGGCAUGAAAGUACAGCUGUUUGUUGUUGAUUGAAUGGAUUUCAAAAUGGCCAAUGAAUGCAUUUGUUUAUUUUCUUGUGACUUAAUCACUCAUUGAGAGGAAUAAUUAAGGUGAAAUUCCAUGUAGUAAGAUUACCGGUUCAAGGAUUUGAUUACCAAGUCUCUAUUAGAGUGAGAAUUUUGUAAUUGAAACAUUGAUUGGUUUAUUUAACCCUAUGGAAUUUAGUCCCUCUUCUACCUCUUUUAAUAGUGAUAAUUGCUUGUUUUCAUUUUACUUGCAUAAGCAGUAAUUAUGUUUAUAUACUGUGCAUUCCUUUGCAAGUGUUUUUAUCCUCUUCAUAAACUUCUACUGCAUGAAUUUGCCCUUUCAUUUUGUGAUUUGAAGAUACCAAAUACCGACUGACUGAACAAAAAUGACAACUUUCAGACAUUUUUAGUAAUUCUAAGGUAUUGUAAACUUUCUGAAACUUGGUUACCAUUUCAUGUGCUACAAGUUGCUUUAAAUGUCAAAGCUUGUAAGAGGAUUUAGAAAAUUGAAUUUCUGCAUUUCUCUUGCUGUUGCUGAUUAUCUUUACUUGCAUAUGCUUGUAAUGUGUUUCAAUAUGGUGUGAAUGCAGAAUGCUGAAUCAGUUAGAGUGAAACUCUUUCACUGGAUAGAUUGUGAAACAAGAGUUCAGCUUGGGAUCAGUGACAUUCCAAAAGUAAUUCUACCUUUUUGUACCAAACUGGACACUGCGUUGAUGGAUUCUGCAGUUGUUAAAAGUAGCAGAUUAGAUAUUCAAAUGUAUGAGGGAUAUUCAUACUUGUGAGCUUCUGUAUAUUGGUUUGUAUAUAUUGAUAUAUACAAAACAUAGAGAUCUCUUAUAGAGAUUGUUUUUGUGUAUAAACAUUUUAUGUAAAUAAUGGAAGACUGGAUUUACUGUUGUAAGUAAAAGAUUUAAAGGAAAUCUGUGUGCACAAAAUCUUUUAUAUGAUGCAAUAUAUAUUUUUUUUAUGGCUGUGUGGUUCUCUUUGAAGGCAGAUAGAAUUUAAGGGAGGGAAGAACUAUGUAAAUUAUCUGACUUGUUUCAAGACAAAGUAAAUUUGUUCUAGCUGUUUCCUCAGUAGGUUUGGGGUGGAUGGGAAAUGAAGUUUCAGAAAAUGAAUCUGCAUUUAUUUGUGUUUUAAUAAAUGAAUUUAUAAUGACAGGUCAGACCUAGGUUCUUGAAGGUGGGAGUCAUGAACGUUAUAUGAUUGGAAGAUGUUCUAAAAUGAUUUACAAGCAGUUGCAAAAAAAAAAGAUUCCUUUUCACUUUUCACAUUAUGAAUAAUUAUUUGAACAGUUUGGUUUCUUUUUAAAGCUUUUUUUUUUUUUAUACCAGUUUUCACAAACCGCAUAAUAUACUCUAUAAUUUUCUCCCACCAUUUCCUCACUAAAUAUGCAUUUGAAUCUCAGAAAGAGCUGUGUAAAUACUAUAACUUGUAAAUAACCACUUCCAUUAUUGUCCCAUAAGUAGCUGAAUGUAUAGAAGACCCAGAUGAAUUGUCAGAAUUAACAUCAUCAACCUUGACCAUCCUAGGAAUAUUUUAACAUACAGACUAAGUGUAACCAGUGGAGAUUUAAUGCAGUAUCUGUGUACUAUAUUUUUUGUGUGAAUGUGUUUGUGUUAGAGUAGGUAUUUAUUUUACAGUAUAUAUAUAUAUACCAGAGAUUGUGUUAAUAUACAUUUAAAUAUGAAAA